AUGUUCCACAAUUUGUACGGUGGAGUGUCAGAGGCCACAGUCUCUGCUGACACUACUACCCCGCUCACCUACGCUUCCGCUAAUGGAUCGAGCAUGGCGCCUAGAUGGAGCCCAGGACGUUUCCUAGACGAGCUUCAAAAUGAAUUUUCACCAACAAGAACAACCCCGACCCAGAGACCAGCUUCACUCCUCCCCCCGACCGAAAAGCUUGCAGAAGAAGACCCAGUGGAAGCCCAGGUCCUAAGAAUCGAGAAGAGAAUUGAGGCAGAGGAAAGAAAAAGGAAGGCCCUCGAUAAACUAAAGGCCUUACAACAAAAGAAUGCUGAAUUGGAAAAAAUGAUGAAUGAGCCUGUUGUGGAGCCUGUUGUGGGACCGGCUGUCCCUCGACUGGAAAACACCGGAUCGAACCUGAGAAGAGAGAAUAACGAGUCUCAUAGAGGUCGAGUCGGCUCCCCGAAGCCAUAUCAUAUGACCAGAGAGAGAUCAAAGACACCGGAAGAUAUUCGAGCCCCGGACAUCCUGCCGUUCGAGGGAAGAAGCCUACCAGAACAGCAACUCUUUAUCAAAAGUUUAGAGCGAAAUUUCGCUGCUCAUAAAAGCUACUAUAAUCGUCGCCCCGAUAGCAUGGUACUUGUAGCCAUUCGAAGCCUUAAAAGCCCAUUGAACUUCGAUUUCUCCCGAUAUCAGAAGAACAUUGGACACAAGCUCAACUGGAAAGAGUUCCAGGACUGGACAAAACAAGUCGUCGCCGGCUUAGAACAUGUGACGCUGUCUGCCGCCCGAAGCUGGUAUACAGCGAAGCAGCUACCAUGGCAACGUGUCCGUAGCUUUGCUGAUCAUCUGAAGAAGAUCGCCGAGGAUAUGCCGGAAAUCUCUGAGGAGCAUCAGAAGCUUCGAUUAUUCACAGGGUUGCUGCCUGCUGUCCGAUUUGAAGGUGAACGCCAAGGCUAUGGCAAAGGGCUUCGAUACCCAGAGUACGUUGACUGGUUACUCCAGUGCGAAGAUGUGGCCCCAGGCAGGUCAGAUGAGAUCAAAAUGGCGAGAAAGCAUUGGAACGGAAAAACGGACUACAAAAAGCCCAGACAGGACUCGAGACUUAGUAACGAUUGGAAUUCGAACUCAUUUUCAGGCCCAAAUGAAUCCCACGACCAAUCCUCUCAGGGCGUGAAGCGUGAGAGAAUAGACUCCAACAUGGAGCAAGGCCACAACUACGAACUUGGCCAUUGCACAGUUGAUGCCAGAAGCCCCAAGAGGACCAAGGCUAGCCCUGGUCACCUUAACUCCCAGUGA